AAUUCUCGAUGCUUUCAGCUGCCAUAUACGAUGUCCGUGGACAUCAGCAAUCCUUCGGUGCUGAGCAGUUCCCUGAACAUUUCCCAAGUUGGCGAGAUACCCGUCGGUGAUGUGCAAACGUGGGCCUUGUCGUUGCAUUGCGGGCCCUACAACGUAGAGGUUGACUUCAGUCUCCGAAUAAAUGUCUCGCUACCAAGGAAGAACACCACCACUUUGGAGUUCAAGCGAAAAAAAAUUUGUAUGAAGAAAGAGAGUUACACCGAGCCCGAGGAGGUCCUCGUUGCUGCCUCUAACUCCACUUCUGGCGGUCAGCUUUUCUACGUGGGGAUUGGCUGCGCGGGUGCAUUCUUGGCGAUUAUCAUCGUCUUGAUUAUCGCCUACUAUGUGCGCGAUAAGAAGACCAGGAGACAUCGAGAUCCUCUACAGGAAUCCAGGGGACUCAGUUCAGCGUGCAGCAUGGAAAGAGGCACCGGAGUGGGGCCUGCACAAACUUUUUUAUCACCGGAAACACCUCCACCUACCUCCGCUGCGUCGGGAUCGUCUUAUAGAAGACUAGAUGAUCGUCCUAACAGAGAACUUCACGAACGAAUCCAGGAAAUCACUGUGCAAAGAUGCAGGGUGCGCCUCCUUAGUAUUGAAUUGGAGGGAACAUUUGGGCGCGUGUAUAGAGGCAGUUACCACGAAGAAGGCGCUUCAUCCUCGAAGGACGUAUUGGUGAAAACUGCUGCCGAGCACGCAUCCCAAUCGCAAGUGGCUCUUUUAUUGCGAGAAGGUUUUGCCCUGUACGGACUAAGUCAUCCGGCGUUACUUCCGGUUCUCGGUGUUUCUAUUGAAGACCGAGGCGCUCCUUUUCUGUUGUACCCACACACGGGUUACAGAAAUAUGAAGAGAUUUUUAUUAAGGUGCAAGUAUAGUAAUGAAGGACCUCCGAGGGCUCUUACCACGCAAGAAGUGGUGGAAAUGGCACUCCAAGCUGCCAAAGGUGUACAAUAUCUUCACAGAAAAAGGCUCGUUCAUAGAGACUUGGCUGCCAGAAAUUGCGUGGUGGACGAUGACUUAAGAGUACAGAUUACGGAUAACGCCUUGGCUAGAGAUCUGUUCCCACAGGAUUAUCACUGCCUUGGCGAUAACGAAAAUCGCCCUAUCAAGUGGCUAGCGAUAGAAAGUUUACUCAAUAAGACCUUCACUACAGCUUCUGACGUGUGGGCAUUUGGUGUUUUAUUGUGGGAGCUAACGACGUUGGCACAACAGCCUUAUGGAGAAGUGGAUCCAUUUGAGAUGGCAUCCUAUCUCCGAGAGGGAUACAGGUUGGCGCAACCGAUAAACUGUCCGGACGAGCUGUUCGCAGUGAUGGCGUAUUGUUGGGCGAUGUCAGCGGAGGAGAGGCCAACGUUUAGUCAAUUGAUUGUUUGUCUACAAGAUUUUCACACUCAAUUAACGCGAUAUGUUUAAUUGAGCGUGCUCACUGGCUGUAAAGUACAUAGGACUGAACUUUGCUAUUAAGUUGUCUCCAUUGAAUUUUUAAACAUAUCAAAAUUUUUAUCCAAGGAAUCCUAUUGAGACUUCAAUAUAGGAACGUGUGUAUAUAUCAUAUUCUAGUGCUUAGGUCCUCGUAUAAUUGAAGCAUUUUGAUAGCAGUCUGUAUAGAUAUGAUAGAUUCUAAUGCAAUAUAAAUAUUACAUCAGUUUUCGCUUCAAAACUGUGUAAUUAAGUGAAUCGCUUAAGAAGUAACUGCCAGUCAAAACUGAAUUUAGAAUAGAAUUUUACUGUUGCGAAAUAAUUUUCAUAUAAAAAAAAAUUCUAAAAUUUUAGUCACGCAGGAAUAUAUGUAUAUUUCUAAGCGAUACGUUCUCAAAACAUCAAACAGGUGUAGUAAUUAAGCACAGCAUGUAAAAAUCGCGUGAAUUAUUCAUAUUGUAAAAGUUAAGACUGAACUCCCUCUAUUGCGCCAUGUGUUUGGCGCUCGUUCGACCUGUGUCAACCAUGAUUACCAAAACCGGCGAGCACGAUACGUCAUCGUGCAACGCCAGUCCCAUUUUCGGAAACCUGUACUGCCGGUGGUGAAACGGCGAAUCUCUGAGCCAUGUGAUACGCGCUUUGCUUGCCUAUAUAUGAGUGUGUUUCGAGUGUGCCAAUACCUUCCCACCUUUUUUCUCUUUUGUAUUUUUGUACAUAAUAUAUUGUUAAGCCGUGUGCAUACGCGUUUAUCGAUGAGUAUACGAAUCGCGCUUAAACAAAAGAAUCUCGUGUAUAUGUAUAUAAUUAACAUGUGUGUAGCGCACGAGACUAUAAUUGUACAUACAAACUGCAGGCGUUGCGAGCCCAAUAAAUUUCUAUCUAUACGAUACAGAAUGACAGCGUCGUUACUUUUGUCCGCGUCCACCCUCUCACGAGUGAUCCGUCACUACGAAAACAGUCGUAAACGUCAUUCUUCCUAGCACGGUUUUAAAUCGUUCACCGGUUAUUUCUGGCGAGCCUUUCUUCGCGGUGAAAGGAAGGGUGCAAAUGCGCUGUGUGGAAAGAGUUUCUGUUUUCUCGGAAACCGUUCGUCAAAGCCAUAUGUCACAUCCUAAACGAGUCUUGUAAUUCGUAUGGCAGCAGUGCCAGUGUCGCGUGAGAAAAUUAACGGCGGUCUUUGCGAUGUCUCGUUUAAAAUGACGAAUAUUAUU